AUGGCGGGCACGGCAGCAGCAGGCUGGCGGCGGCCACAGCGGGUGAGCAUGCAGGAGCACAUGGCCAUCGAUGUGAACCCGGGACCCAUCCAGCCCAUCCCCCUCAUUUCUGACUACUUCCCGCAUUUCUACCCCUUUGCUGAGCCUGCCCGGGGUGCCCCAGACCCACACCCUGCAGUGUCUCCCGCCAGCUCUGCACCCCAGCCGCAGCCAGACCCAGAGCCAGAGGGAGACUCAGACGACAGCGGGCAGGAGGCAUGGUGCCACGGUGGCAGGGUGCCAAAGGAACUGACCUGGCCACAGGCCUGCCCCAUAUCUGUUGUUUCUUCCCAGGGCCUCAAGCCACCAGCCUCAGGCUCCCUGGACACCUAUGUCAAAGCCAAUCUGCUGCCAGGGGCCAGCAAGGCCAGCCAGCUGAGGACACGCACCGUUCGGGGCACAAGGGGGCCUGUCUGGGAAGAGACGCUCACUUACCACGGCUUCACCCACCAGGAUGCCGGUUGCAGGACCCUGCGGUUGUGUGUGUGUGAGGACCCACGGCUGCGGCCACGGCGGCGGCGAGUGCCUCCCCUGGGGGAGCUGCGGGUGUCCCUGAGGAGCAAUCUUGUGAUGGGGGAGCUGGAGGGGGGGACCAAGAGGCCGGAGCGCCUGGACACAUCCCGGGGCAUGUCCCUGUAUGAGGAGGUGGCAGAGGUGGCUGGGGAGGAGCGCGGGCGCAUCCUGCUGUCACUGUGCUACAGCUCUCAGCGGGGCGGCCUGCUGGUAGGGGUGCUGCGAUGCGCCCACCUGGCCCCCAUGGAUGCCAAUGGCUACUCGGACCCCUUCGUCCGCCUAUUCCUGCAUCCAAAUGUGGGGAAAAAAACUAAAUAUAAGACCAGUGUUCGGAAAAAGACCCUGAACCCCGAAUUCUAUGAGGAGUUCUUCUACGCAGGCCGCAGGGAGGAGCUGGCCCAGAAGACCCUGCUGGUGUCUGUAUGGGACUAUGACCUGGGCCCGGCCAACGACUUCAUUGGCGGGGUGCAGCUGAGUGGCCGGGCCGGUGGGGAGCGCCAGCGGCACUGGAGAGAGUGCCUGGGCCACAGUGACCACCGGCUGGAGCUGUGGCACCCGCUGGACGGCAGUGCACCCCUCCAGCUCAGCGACUAGCGGGGGCACCCGCGUGGCCCUGCUCACUGCUCCUCCCCAGACUGACCAGACGCCUCCAGAGUGGGAGGAACCAGGGCUGCCUCACCCACCAUGCCCAGCCCCUAGUCAAAUUGUUUCCUUCCUCCGCCCCUUCCAGAUGCGCCCAGUGCCCCCUCAGGAAGCAGGAAUAAACCUCUCCUCCAGUCCAGACUAAA